GCCUUCUUGUGUAUGGCUACAAUUCCUUCUGAAAUCAAGAACUCCUGUUUUACCGACCAUUCCAGACAAACAUCUUCAUGGUCUGUGAAAUAUAUUAGCCAGACCCCGCCCACUCCACUGUUCCAGUUCUGCGUGCAACCUACCUAACUUGCAGUCUCCAUCAGGGCAUUCAUAGUCAUAGUGUUAGAGGAGAAGAGAUCAUGGAGCUCUUAUCUAUGCCAACUGCUCGGUUGCCUACUGGGAGGCGGCAUGUUGGUGGUGGCAAUUGUUCGAUUAUUUGUGCAGGGAUAGCAGAGCCAUCAGGAGUUCCAGCACCAAAGGGACGAAAGACAGAAUACAGGGACGGACUGUUUGAGAAGGCCUUCAUGUCGUUGUUUGCUCGUAAGAUGGAGAAGUUUGCAGAGGGUGGCGGCGAGGGGGAGAGCAAGAGGAGCAUGUGGGGGUGGGACUAUGAGAGCUUUGUGGAUGUUUCUAAGAGGGUGAUGAUAGGGAGGUCGAGGAAGCAGCAGCAGCAGGUGGUUAGGGAGGUGCUCCUCUCCAUGCUUCCCCCUGGUGCUCCAGCUCAGUUUCGGAAAUUGUUUCCACCAACCAAAUGGGCAGCUGAGUUUAAUGCUGCGUUAACAGUACCUUUCUUCCACUGGUUAGUUGGACCAUCUGAGGUUGUAGAAGUGGAAGUUAAUGGGGUGAAACAGAGAAGUGGUGUGCAUAUAAAGAAAUGCAGGUACUUGGAGAACAGUGGAUGCGUUGGAAUGUGUGUGAAUAUGUGCAAGAUUCCAACCCAAGAUUUUUUUACCAAUGAAUUCGGACUUCCCUUAACCAUGAAUCCAAAUUUUGAGGAUAUGAGCUGCGACAUGGUGUAUGGUCAAGUACCUCCUCCUUUUGAAGAGGAUCCUGUUUGUGUGCAGGCUUGCUAUGCUGACAUGUGUUCUAUGGCCAAUCCCAGCUCCAAUGUUUGUCCGAAACUUCAAAACUGAAAAACAUCAGCUCGUAGUCGGUCCGACAUCAUUCAGUUGCUCCGAAAAGCUCCCAUCUGGUGGGAAUUGUUAGCUCCUGAGUAUAUUGCAGCAUAAGUAUAUUGCAGCAUAAAGUAUACAUGUCCAUAUGUACUUUAUUCAAAAGCUUAGCUUUACUCAUUGCUUA